AUGCUAACAUGUUUAGAUGAAACACCCAACUCAAUUCAUAGUAUAGUACCAAAGUCAGCUAUUAUUAGUGCUCACAACAGAUUCGAAUUGUCAACAUUAGAUGUUCUUAGUGAGGAAAUUUGGUUCUUUCAUAAGUCGAUUACACAAACAGAUAGUGUUCUUAACCGAAAACUUCAUCUUCGCGAUGUGCUUUAUUAUGCAAUAUCUCCUGUCUUUCCAAUGUGUGGUCUCUACGUAGUUGGUUCAUCAUUAAAUGGUUUUGGUACGUAUAAUUCGGAUAUGGAUCUGUGUUUAAUGAUAACAAAUAAAGAUUUAGACCAACGAACAGAUGCAGUAGUCGUUCUAAAUAUGAUCCAGACCGCUUUAUCUGAUACAAAGUGGGUUUCAAAUAUGCAACUUAUUCUUGCCAAAGUUCCUAUUCUACGGAUACGUUUCCAUGAUCCUUUUACUGAUAUCACUGUUGAUUUAAAUGCUAAUAAUUCGGUUGCCAUUCGCAAUACGCAUCUAUUGUGUUAUUACUCAUCAUUUGACUGGCGAGUAAGACCCCUAGUCAGCGUUGUUAAAGAAUGGGCUAAGCGAAGAGAUAUUAAUGACGCUAAUCGUUCAUCUUUUACAUCCUAUUCGCUUGUUUUGAUGGUCAUUCACUAUUUGCAAUGUGGAUUAGAACAACCGAUUCUACCAUCUCUCCAGUUAGUUUAUCCGAAACGAUUUAGUCCAAACGCAGAUGUACGCUCGUUGAAUGUUUCAAGUCAUUUAGAGCCACCACCGGGAUGGAUACCCAACGAAACAGUUACUCUUGGCGAACUACUGAUUGGUUUCUUAGAGUAUUAUGCUUUCAAAUUCGACUAUUUAAAAGAUGCAAUAUCAGUACGUUUGGGAAGCAAAACAGAAAGAACAGUAGUAGCUCGACAACCGUCUCCUUACAACUGCAAUAUUGCUCAAUGGAAUUGUAUUUGCAUUGAAGAACCAUUUACUUUAUCGAAUACAGCACACUCUGUCCACAAUCAAAUGGUUUUUGAUGCUAUUCGUCAAGCAUUUGUUGAUGGCUGUUAUGAAUUAGAUGCUAAUAGAGAUUUGAUGGCAUUCCUUAACAGUACGCCAAUUAAAGUCCACAUUGGAGCACCAAUAAGAAUACAAUGGGAUAAUAUCAUUUGUUAUUGUAGGCAGAAAUAUCUGGCAAGCAGCAAGAAUGAUAUGAUUGAUAAGGAAAAUGGUGGAACAACUCCAAAAAGUCUUACUGUUAGUAUAAAUUUGUUUUCACAUUUUUUUAAGAGAAUGGAAAAUUUUUUGAAAAAUGUGAAAUCCGUUCUUCUUGUAAUGUGUUUACCUUUAGGAUUCCAUAGAAAAUGUUCUUCCAUCAGGAGUAGAACCUGA